AUGCCCCCCUUUUUCGCUUUGCUGCUGGUUUUUCUGAGGAUUGUGGAGCUCCGGGACGUCCCAGCUGCUCAUGCAACCUUGGGAGUCCAUGCGGGCUCUGCGCUGGACGGUGAUGCUGGAGCUCUGGCUGCCUGGACAGAGGAGCCUCAGGGAAGGGUUCAUGUGAAUCGGAUUGAAAGUUUGAGAACUGCUGGGAGCCUCAAAAGAAUCCCACGAGGAGCAAAAGAUGGGCACCCCAGGAAACGAGACCCAUAUGCCGCAAUCAACAGUUACCGGCAUCCAAGACCUCAUGACCCUGACGGGUACUUCACCACGCCGCAAAGCGACCGGCACACCUCCAGAGAGCUCCCGGGAAACUCCUCGUCGGUCCGGGGGACGGUGUUCCUCCACAACCCGCUCUUCCCGGUCACCGACGGCUCGUACGGGGCUUACGCCGUGAUGCUGCUGGCUCUGGUGGUUUUCGCGGCGGGCAUUGUGGGCAACCUGGCGCUCAUGUGCAUCGUGUGGCACAACUACUACCUGAAGAACGCGUGGAACAGCAUCCUGGCGGGCCUGGCCUUCUGGGACUUCCUCGUGCUGUUCUUCUGUCUCCCCGUGGUCGUCUUCCACGAGCUAACAGCCAAAAGGUUGCUAGGCGACGUUUCCUGUCGGGUCGUGCCCUACAUGGAGGUGACCUCGCUCGGUGUGGCCACAUUCAGCCUCUGUGCCCUGAGUAUUGAUCGCUUCCAUGCAGCUACUAGCCCCAGGACACUUCAGAUGCCCCAGGUGGAGCCCUGUCAGUCCAUCCUAGCCAAGCUGUCUGUCAUUUGGGUGGGCUCCAUGGUCCUGGCAGCUCCUGAACUGCUUCUCUGGCAACUCACCCAGGAAGCCAUCAGCAGCUCUACCAAAGCUCAGAACAGCAGCCCACUAGCAGCUCCAACCAGCUUCCAGGAAAGCCAAGCGGGAGGCUCACUGGCAGCUGCCUCCAGGGCUCCAACAGGUGUUUUUUUGGUGGAUAUGUGUGUCCGUCAGCCCUCCAUGGACCUUCCAGAGAACAUAUAUUCUCUAGUGCUGACCUACCAUGAGGCACGUAUGUGGUGGUACUUUGGCUGCUACUUCUGUUUACCGCUACUCUUCACAUUGGCUUGCAACUUAGUGACGAGGCAUGUGUUAGCCCAGGAUGCGCUGCAGAAACAGGCUAGCAGCAAGGUGACACGCGGAUGUGCAUCCUCCUGUUCCUCUUCGUCCUCAUCCUCAACUAAGAAGAAGCAGCAUAUGAAAAGGGAGCAGAGGCUGAGCUCAACUGUGACAGCGUUGGCCAUUAUGUACGCUGUGUGUAACCUGCCAGAGAACGCUUGUAACAUCACCCUGGCUUACGUCAAGGUUCCUGUCUCUGCCGCAACCGAGGCCCUCUUGGUUCUGAUUGGCCAGUUCCUGUUGUUUGUGCGUUGCUCGGCGACACCGGUGCUGCUGCUGUGCCUGUGUCGCUCCCUCGGCCAGGCCUUCAUGGAUUGCUGCUGCUGCUGUUGUGAAGAGUGCCUCCCUGACGGCGGCUCCUCUGCGUCCUCCUCCGCCUCCACCACUGCCACCGCCAUGUCCUCCUCCACCUCUCCUUCCACUCUCUCCUCUCCCACAACCCCCUCUCCACCAUCCCUCUCUCCUUCUUCCGUCAAGGAGGAGAAGCUGAAGAUGGUCUCAGAGACAUCACCAGCAAUCUACUAUGACAGGGCAAAGGACACCUCGGUGGCUAUUGGGACGGCCUGUUGA